AUGACAAAAAUACAAUUCACCAUAGAAAAUACCAAGAAUUUGGUUACGUUAAGUGAUAUAGGUAAUGAGUAUCGGUUAGAUGUUUCCUCAAUUGACGAAUCUGUCGAAAAUAUUCCUUCUGUAAACCUUAGUGAGGUUUCACACUUACAUAAGGAUAUCACAAUUAUAGACUCUAUUUUAUCAGGAAUUGGAAGAAAUGAAGAUCAAGAUAUUUACCGGAGAAUUAUUGAACCUUUAUUUCAAUUGUUAGGUAUCAAACAUAGAUAUUUGGUUACCCAGAAUAAGAAUUCUGUUAAGGAGUUUGCUAAAUCUUUGGACCCCAGUAUGGAAAGAACCAUAAUCUUUCUUAGUGGUGAUACAUCUAUCUCUGAGUUUGUUAACGAUUUGCCAAAUGCUGAACAGGAGGCUACUCUGAAUAUAAUUAUAAUACCCUGUGGAACAGGAAACAGUUUAUCUCUUUCUCUAGGAGCUGAUAGUACAAUUAAAGCUGUGGCAAAUAUAUUAUUUGGCAGUAAAAUUCCAUUCAAUUUGUACCAGGCUACGUUCCCAAAAGGCUCGAAUUUUUUACUUCAAGAUAUGAAAACCGAAAUUAAGGAACCUUUAGUAUUUACGACCGUGUUGUCAUGGGCCUUUCAUGCUUCAAUCGUUGCUGACAGUGAUACCAAAGAGUUAAGAAAGUUCGGAAUAGAAAGAUUUAAAAUGGCUGCAAUGAAAAAUCUUGAGCAAGAGCAAAACUACAAAGGUUCUAUAAUGAUCGAUGACACAUCCGUGAAUGGGCCAUUUGCUUAUUGGCUCGUUACAGGCGCAACUCGAUUUGAACCAACUUUCGAAAUCCUGCCUCAUGGAGAUAUUGGAGAUGACUCGUUAUACAUGGUGGCAGUGAGCGCCAAGUAUGGUUCAGAAUUGUUGGAUAUUAUGAAAGAGGUGUAUGAUAGUGGAAGGCAUAUUGAAAAUGAAAAAGUGACGUACAUAAAAAUAACGAAAGGCCAAAAAAUAAAAUUAAAACUCGGAGCCGAUUCGAAAAACAGAUUCUGUUUGGAUGGCAGCAUCAUUCUAUUACCUGAAUUGGAAUGUGAAAUAACAAUCGAAAGUGUUGGAAACUUGCAUAAGAAAUGGAGUUUAUUCCUACUCAGUUGA